AGUAUUUGAAAUUUCGCGCCAAAAUUUUAAAUCCACAUUUCGAAAUUUGGACCAUCGUUCCAUGUUUGUUUCAAUUUCAACAAAAUGUCGGUGCUAAAGUGGUAUUGACAAAUUCAAAAGCUGUUUAUCUACAUGUAUUUUGGCAUUAAUUGAGAAAAAGAUUAUUAUUUUGACUUGUGAAUUUGAAAAAAGGCGGCUGUUAACAAAUUUUCGGUGAAAAAAGGAAUUUUUAAUUUUACAAGAAACGAAAGAAAGGCGGUGAGAAUUUUUUUUCAUUUUACUUCUGAAGGGUGGAACAGUUCUUUCAUCAAUGAAAGUCUUUUUGACAUGUCUUACACUGAACUGGAACAUGGCUAUCAGGGUCUUCGGAGCGCAAAUCGACCAAUAUUCUACGUAGGAGAGGGUAAUACAGUUCCUACCCUUGUAGAUCAAUCAGCUUCUAUUUUUCUAGGAUCCACUCGGGGCGAGCUGUCGGACGGGUGUGCCAGUGAAGAUGGUUGCCUUCAGGGCGAUCUUGAGGGGGAGGGGAAGCAAGUUUUGGUGGGAAUAUGUGCUAUGGCCAAAAAAUCACAAAGUAAACCAAUGAAGGAAAUUUUAACUCGUCUCGAGGAAUUUGAAUAUAUUAAAAUUGUUGUUUUCGCUGAAGAUGUGAUUUUAAAGGAACCUGUUGAAAAUUGGCCUAUUGUUGACUGUUUAAUAAGCUUUCACAGCAAAGGCUUCCCUCUUGAGAAAGCUAUUAGUUACGCUAAUCUUAGAAAUCCAUUUAAUAUAAAUAAUCUGCCAAUGCAAUAUGAUAUUCAGGAUCGCAGAAGGGUUUAUGCCAUUUUGGAAAGUGAAGGCAUCGAAAUACCUCGAUAUGCAGUUCUCGAUAGAGAUUCACCUGAUCCAAAACAUCAUGAAUUAGUUGAAUCGGAAGAUCAUGUGGAAGUUAAUGGAGUUACUUUCAAUAAACCAUUUGUAGAGAAACCAGUGUCUGCCGAAGAUCACAACAUUUAUAUUUAUUAUCCAACUUCGGCUGGAGGAGGAAGUCAAAGGUUAUUUAGAAAGAUAGGAAGUCGUAGUAGUGUAUAUUCGUUAGAAUCUCGAGUUCGCAAGACUGGAUCGUACAUUUAUGAGGAUUUUAUGCCCACCGAUGGUACUGAUGUUAAAGUUUAUACAGUUGGGCCAGAUUAUGCACAUGCUGAGGCUAGAAAAAGUCCAGCUCUCGAUGGAAAAGUCGAAAGAGAUUCCGAGGGCAAAGAAAUUCGUUAUCCCGUAAUUUUGAGUAAUGUAGAAAAACUCAUUAGCCGAAAAGUUUGCUUGGCUUUUAAGCAAACUGUCUGUGGAUUUGAUCUUCUUAGAGCUAAUGGAAAGUCAUUUGUUUGUGACGUGAAUGGAUUCAGUUUUGUAAAAAAUUCAAAUAAAUAUUACGACGAUUGUGCAAAAAUUUUAGGGAAUAUGAUUCUUCGGGAACUUGCGCCUACAUUACACAUUCCUUGGAGUGUUCCCUUUCAAUUGGACGAUCCACCAAUUGUUCCAACUACCUUUGGAAAAAUGAUGGAAUUGCGUUGUGUAGUGGCGGUUAUUAGACAUGGCGAUAGAACACCAAAGCAAAAAAUGAAAGUUGAAGUUCGACAUCCAAAGUUUUUUGAAAUAUUUGCCAAGUACGAUGGUUAUAAACAUGGACACGUGAAGCUAAAACGGCCUAAGCAACUUCAAGAAAUUUUGGACACAGCACGUAGUUUAUUGGCGGAAAUACAACAUCGAGCCGCAAGCCCUGAACUUGAGGAAAAACAGGGGAAACUUGAACAAUUAAAGAACGUAUUAGAAAUGUAUGGUCAUUUUUCAGGGAUUAAUCGUAAGGUGCAAAUGAAGUAUCAACCACGAGGAAGACCGAGGGGUAGUUCCUCGGAUGAUGGUAGUGGUAUAAUUCGAAAUCGACUUGGAGAACCGUCUUUAGUUUUAAUUUUAAAAUGGGGAGGCGAAUUAACGCCAGCUGGUAGAAUUCAAGCUGAGGAAUUGGGUCGAAUAUUUCGUUGCAUGUAUCCUGGCGGUCAAGGUAGACACCUUAGUGAGGAUGACACUGAGAUGUUACCAAAUCACGGUGAAUAUGCUGGAGCACAGGGACUUGGUCUUUUGAGAUUACAUUCAACAUUCCGACACGAUUUAAAAAUUUAUGCUAGUGAUGAGGGUAGAGUUCAAAUGACUGCAGCAGCUUUUGCUAAAGGAUUACUCGCUCUAGAAGGAGAACUUACUCCAAUUUUGGUACAAAUGGUGAAAAGUGCAAACACCAAUGGCUUAUUGGACAAUGAUUGCGAUAGUAGUAAAUACCAGAAUAUGGUGAAAACACGUUUGCAUGAAUUAUUGCAACAAGAUAAAGAAUUCACGCGUGAAGAUAGAGAGGAAAUAAAUCCCAGUAAUGCUCUCAGUAUUAAUGCAGCAUUGGAUUUUGUGAAAAAUCCUGUAAAAUGUUGUCAACAUGUUCAAACCCUAAUUCAAAAGCUAAUGGAUAUUGUUAGAAUUAAAAAGGAUGAUCCUAAAACAAAAGAUGCUAUUCUUUAUCAUGGCGAAACAUGGGAAUUGAUGGGUCGACGUUGGGGAAAAAUUGAGAAAGAUUUUUGUACAAAGCACAAGCGAUUUGAUAUUUCGAAAAUUCCAGACAUUUACGAUUGUAUUAAAUACGAUUUGCAGCAUAAUAAUCAUACUUUGCAGUUUGAUCAAGCCGAGGAAUUGUAUAUUUAUGCUAAAUAUCUCGCUGAUAUUGUCAUACCUCAGGAAUAUGGAUUGACAGUGCAAGAGAAACUCACCAUCGGACAAGGAAUUUGUACGCCACUUUUAAAAAAAAUUAGAGCUGAUCUUCAACGAAAUAUCGAAGAAUCUGGCGAAGAAUCUGUUAAUAGACUCAAUCCAAGAUAUUCUCAUGGAGUCUCAAGUCCAGGACGACAUGUGAGAACAAGACUCUAUUUUACCAGCGAAAGUCACGUUCAUUCUUUACUAACAGUUUUACGUUACGGAGGUUUACUUGAUGUGGUAAAAGACGAACAAUGGAGGCGAGCAAUGGAAUACGUUAGCAUGGUUUCAGAAUUAAAUUACAUGUCACAAAUUGUCGUAAUGCUUUAUGAGGAUCCAACCAAGGAUCCAUGUAGCGAAGAACGAUUUCAUGUUGAAUUACAUUUUAGUCCGGGAGUUAAUUGUUGUGUACAAAAAAAUCUCCCUCCUGGUCCAGGAUUUAGGCCCCAUUCACGCAAUGAAAGUAGCCACAAUCUUGUAAGAAAACUGAAAUUGGGUGAAACAAGUUCGAAUCAGGAUAAUGCAUCGCAAUGCAGUACUCGAAUUGAAGAAGAAGAUUCUGAAUUGGGAGUUUUGGAAGAUGAUUCAGCAAAUAAUGAACAUCAUUGUAAUAUUACACCGCCAUUGAUGGAAAUCGAUUCUGUUGAUUCCAAUUUGGAUAGUCCAACAACAACAAGUAGAAAUAUCGAUAUGAUGGAUUUGGAUGCCGCUUUAAUGGAUGAACCAUAUGACAGUGGCUUUUUGCAAAGUUCUGCGCCAAUUCCAAUCAGCGCUCGAACAGUUGCGGGUCAUGAAGCGGCGAGAUUGGGUAGUCAAUUGGCAGCUAGUCAGAGACAAAGAAGAGAAAGAGAAGCGGGUGUUAUUUGUGAACCACGAGCUCGUAGUUAUGAUCAUCAACGACAGGAGAAACCUGAAAAAACUGCGGACAAGCUGCAGUAUCAGAGCUUGGACGCGGUCAACAAAGAAGCUGAAACAUCCUGUAGUCUGAAUGUGCCAAAAUGUCUCGGAAAGCCAGUGUGUCUUGCACACUCUGUCAGCUCCCCUGAUUUGCCUAUCCCAAUUCUAGAGAUGCCUAAUGAUCCACCAAGUCCAAUUAUCACUUUGCAUAGCACUCCUCUAGCUUCACCCAAUACCAACAUAUCUUCAGCUGAUGAUAUUUACGAAUCUAUUAUUCUUAAUGACACCUAUGAUCUCACAGCACAAUAUUUACUGCCCAAGAAAUAUGGUCGAUCACACUCGGAAAUGAUUCUACCAAACAUUGAAGUCAGUGCAAGGCGCCACCGUCACAGUAUCUCUGGACAGAUGAGUUAUUUCAAGCUGUUGGGUUACAACGUUAGUAAGAAACUCACUGGAUCAGCCAACAGUCUAUUCAGCACUGCUGUUAUUAGCGGUUCAUCAAGCGCUCCUAAUCUCAAGGAUAUGAUACCAGCACAUGCCUCUGCGGUUGCCGCUAUAGAAGGAUUCGGUGGAGUGCCACCAAUCAGAUCACUGGAAACUUUACACAAUGCCUUGUCAUUACGACAGUUGGAUGGAUUUUUGGAAAUAAUGACAAGUGCACCAUUAUUUCGUACUCCAGCAUCGUCACCACCAAAAAUUCCAUCCCCCGGUGGAUCUAUUAAUCAAUCGAUGGUUCCGCAUCUCAACAUUCGAGAUAUCAAUCGCGAGUACCGCUCUUCCGACUCGGAAGCUGUCAGGUACCGUAAGAUAUUUAAACAAAUUAAUCAAUACAUAACACCAUCGCCUCUACAAUAUAAGCCAGAAACUGAUAACGAUACUAUUGAUAUCAGAAGUCAGAUCUCGCCAACGAGUCCAAACAGCGCUGGUUGGAGUAGUGAACCGCCAUCAUUUUUAUCCUCUGAACCUUCGUCUCCAGCUCCAACAUCCGCUGGAGAGAGCAGCAUGUCAAUUAGCUUAAUCAGCAUCGAUGGAACUCAACCACAAAAUCCUGGUUCAAAAUUCACAACACCUCGUCUUGACCUUGAUUUUCAUGAUUUUUGUGUAACUAUCGAUAAGGAUAAUCGUGAAAGUAGAGGCAGUGUCUCUUACACUGAUUAUUAUAGUAAUGAAGACGGACAAAUACGAAGAAGUGGAAACGGAAGUACUUUUCCACAUAUACAAGCGCCAGUUUGCAAUGAUGAUUUAACAGAUAACAACGAAGUUUUAGACGACGAAGAAGAUUAUACAUUAACUUUAAGGCAGAGCGAAGAACAAAAGAAAUCAGACCUAAAAUCGAUUUUUGAACAAAAAGAUAAUCCCAACAGUAAAUCGAGUAAUUUCAAAAGAAUCGGAAGAUUUCGAGUUGAAAGUAUGGAAAUAACAGAUGAAGACGUGAGAAUAAAAGAAUCGUGUUCACUAAGUUCAAGUUAUACAUUCGAUAAAAAUAAAAUGAAUUUCCUCCAACGAUCAGAAUCAGAGAUUUGUGAUAAAAAUACAACAUCCGAUUUAAAGAAAGAUACAUCAUUUUUGAAGAGUUUUAGAAAUAUUGGCAAUUCUUCUGCUGCAUCGUCAUCAACAAAAAAGAAGCAAUUCUUACGUUCACAAAGUGUUUCAAAUCCAAAAAUUGUAAGUUCCAAAGAUGCGCCAUCGCGUCUCACUCAACAGAGUUCAUUUUCAACAAUGACGAGUGACGAUUUGCAAAAUUGGAAAUCAUCUUCCAAAAAAGAAUUAUCUUCCCCAAUUUCUUCCUCGAACGAGCAAAAGGAACAAACAUCACCAGUUUUAACAUUAGCUGGCAGUUUGAAGGACAAUUCCAAUAUAACAGUAGGAUUUACCGUUCAAGAUGAUAAAAAAGAAUAAAAAUUGCGCGCAUAAUUCUCGCUUUUGUUGAAAAAAAAAAAAAGUUAAAAUUAAAACCAUCAUUUUAUUGAGUUUUAGGAUAAAAAUUAAAAAAUAUUUUAAAGAUAUUGUUUUUGAUGAAAUUUUUUUUUUUUUAACCGAUCAAAGACUUUCAUUUUGCAUAAUAAAUGUAUACAGAUGAAAAAGAA